UCCGGGUAGAGCGGCGUCCUACGAGACCGGAUACUGAAUAAUACAUUAAAGGAAAAAAUGGAUGAAGAACCUGAAAGAACUAAGAGAUGGGAAGGAGGCUAUGAAAGGACAUGGGAGAUUCUUAAAGAAGAUGAAUCGGGAUCACUUAAAGCUACGAUAGAAGACAUUCUCUUCAAAGCAAAGAGAAAAAGAGUAUUUGAGCACCAUGGACAAGUUCGACUUGGAAUGAUGCGUCAUCUUUAUGUGGUAGUAGAUGGAUCAAGAACAAUGGAAGACCAAGAUUUAAAGCCAAAUAGACUGACUUGUACUUUAAAGUUAUUGGAAUACUUCGUAGAAGAAUAUUUUGAUCAAAAUCCUAUUAGUCAGAUUGGAAUAAUUGUAACAAAGAGUAAAAGAGCUGAAAAACUGACUGAACUCUCAGGAAACCCAAGGAAACAUAUAACAUCUUUGAAGAAAGCUGUAGAUAUGACCUGUCAUGGAGAACCAUCUCUCUAUAACUCCUUAAGCAUGGCUAUGCAAACUCUAAAACACAUGCCUGGACAUACAAGUAGAGAAGUCCUAAUCAUCUUUAGCAGCCUCACAACUUGUGAUCCAUCUAAUAUAUAUGAUCUAAUCAAGACCCUAAAGGCAGCUAAAAUAAGAGUGUCUGUUAUUGGAUUGUCUGCAGAGGUUCGGGUUUGCACUGUACUUGCUCGUGAAACUGGUGGCACAUACCAUGUUAUUUUAGAUGAAAGCCAUUACAAAGAAUUGCUGACACAUCAUGUUAGUCCUCCACCUGCUAGCUCAAGUUCUGAAUGUUCACUUAUUCGCAUGGGAUUUCCUCAGCAUACCAUUGCUUCUCUGUCUGAUCAAGAUGCAAAACCCUCUUUCAGCAUGGCGCACUUGGAUAGCAACACUGAGCCAGGACUUACAUUAGGAGGAUACUUCUGCCCACAGUGUCGGGCCAAGUACUGUGAGCUUCCAGUUGAAUGUAAAAUCUGUGGUCUCACUUUGGUGUCUGCUCCACAUUUGGCUCGGUCCUACCAUCAUUUAUUUCCUUUGGAUGCUUUUCAAGAAAUUUCUCUAGAAGAACAUAAUGGAGAAAAAUUUUGUUAUGGAUGUCAGGGGGAAUUGAAAGACCAACAUGUCUAUGUUUGUGCUGUGUGCCAAAAUGUUUUCUGUGUGGACUGUGAUGUUUUUGUUCACGACUCUCUUCAUUGUUGUCCUGGCUGUAUUCAUAAGAUUCCAACUUCUUCAAGUAUUUGAUUCUAGCAUAUGGUACACAUUAUCUGUGUUAAAAGGACAUUUGCAAUUGUUAAUAAAAUGAUUCUUCAGAAGAAACUCCAGUUAAAAUAUGAAGAGCAGUUUGAAAGGAAAAUCUGACUUAAGACACUUUUUGCUAAGAAAAUGUAGGAUUGGGUGCCUGGCUUGGUGUUUUGGAAGAGCAUGAGACUCUUGAUCUCAGGGUUAUGAGUUCGAGCGCCACGAUGAAUUGCUUAAAGGUAAAAUAAACUUAAAGGGGAGGAGGGGAGAAAAAGAAAAUGUAGAAUUUUAUUAAAUUUUAAAAUUUGUGUCCUGUCACAGAAGUGCCCAGAAUUCAAUAGUAGUUCACUCAUUUUUGUUUUCUAUUAUUUUGAGUUACAGUGUUUUCAAAGUCUUACACAUUGUGGUAUCUGCGUUACUUACAAUGAUUAAAUUGAUGCGAUAAUUUCAUUGCUUUAUAAUUAAAGUAAAUACAGAA